AUGUAUUCGUUUACAAGGCUUCUUCCAUUGCUGCCAUUGUUUUGCACUUCUGUUGUCAAUGCUGUCAAUCCAUGCCCUAUCUUGGGCCCUAUCUGGCCUGCUGCAACAGGCCUCUCCUCGGACCCGGUGGUCAUCGAGGCUCUGCAGAAUAUUACCACAACAAUUGAACACGCAAUUGAUGCAGGAAACUUUUCGUCAGAUUCAAUCUCUUUGCAAAUAUUUGAUGCGAAUGACCCUGGUGCGCUGCUCAGCUUGUUCAACACUGCCGCCGACAUCAACACCACUCUCGGUGUGAGCGACGUCGAUGAGAACACCGUUUUCCGCAUCGGAAGCACAUCAAAGCUUUUCACCAUGUUCAUGCUGUUGAUAGAAAACGGGCUCGGUCCCAUGCAGGACCCAGUUGCGGAUUACAUUCCCGAGUUGCGCGACGCUAUCAUUGACCUCUUCCGGAAUUCCACAAACUGGGAUAAUGGGAUUGACUUUACCAAAUGGAACGAGGUGACUGUUGGAGAACUGGCUACUCACAUGGCUGGUAUUGGAAGAGACUAUGGCGUCCUUGAUUUUACCGAACAGGCUUCGACCGUUGAGGCAUUGGGCUUCCCUGCUCUGCCAACAUCUCAAAUUCCUACCUGUGGUGUACCUUUUCCUUGUGAUAGGAAGCAUUUCUUCAAGGGCAUGGUUCAGAGGCACCCCAUUGUACCCACAUCCAGAACGCCAAUCUACUCCAAUGCCGCUUUCCAAAUUCUUGGUUAUGUCGUGGAGGCGAUGGCAGGCGAUGAUUAUAGCAAGGUUCUCUCUGACGAUAUUCUGAAGCCACUCAACCUCAGCCGGACAUCUUACGGCGCCCCCGACACCUCGCUCGGUGUCAUCCCUAAUAAAGGAGGUCUGGAGUGGUGGAACUUUGCAAUGGGCGAUGAGAUACCUGCCGGAGGCAUAUACUCCUCCGCUAAGGACAUGGCCACCAUCGGGCGAGCCAUUCUCAACAGCACCCUGCUCCCUCCGGCCCUCACCAGACGCUGGUUGAAGCCUGUCUCCCACACUUCAUCCCUAGACUACGGAGUCGGAGCCCCCUGGGAAAUCCUGUCCUUUGGCAGUGAGCGCCCGAUCGAUCUCUAUACCAAAUCCGGAGACAUCGGCACAUACUCAUCUGUAUUCGCUCUUUCCCCCGACCACGGCGUCGGCUUCGUCGUCCUCGGCGCAGGAGCCAACACCCACAAAUCACUCGCACUUGCCUCAGAUCUAGUCUCUGCAAUUCUAAUCCCCGCCCUCGAGAAAAGCGCCAAGAAACAAGCAGCCAAGCGUUUCGCAGGAACAUACGCCCUUGACAGCGCCAACUCCUCAAUAACCAUCAGCACCGACGACGGACCGGGUCUACUUGUCACAAACUGGAUCAGCGACUCCUCCUCCAUGGCCGCUGCCUUCAUGUCCUUAAACGGAAUGACAGGCCCCUCGCAGCUCAGCACUCGUCUGUAUCCCACAGGCCUUGAAAGCCCGGGAAAAAUCUCCUUCCGCGCUGUCACACCGCCAGCCCUGCCAUCCGGAAUCGGUCCCUUUACUUCAUCCUGUAUUACUUGGUUCACGGUCGACUCGCAAGUGUAUGGGAGCGUGGGGAUUGAUGAGUUUGUGUUUAAUUUGGAUCAGACUGGGAAUGCAGUGAGCGUGACGCCUAGGGUGCUGCGCACGACCAUGAAAAAGACCUAG